CUAUCGCUACAUGCACCAAUGAAGGGAACAUGUUAGCUGCAGAGGAAACUAUCGCUUGUCCGUGCGGUACGCCGGGCGGAGGGACAGAUACAUACAGAAACGAAAGUAAAGCAGAACAGCGCACCAAUACAUCGCCGUGCCUCGUCAUCAACCCUGGAAGCGUCGACGCGCAUCCCGCCCCUUCAUUAGGACUACCCCCAAACCUAAACCCUAUUUCAUCGCCGCACAACUCUACUCACGUCGAUAUCCUUUUCGAUGUGGCAGAGUAUAUCCGGCGUGGCAAUCGUGAAGUCGCAACAUAUGAAUCUAGGAACAGAAUAAUCGCACCAUCAGCAUGCACUUCCACAGACAUGCGCGCAGUAUUAUUGCAGAGACUUGAAGAGGAGCAGCGAUUGGCUCAGAGAUAUGUUACAACCCCGAUCUCACACUCUGUGUCGUUAAUUGCAGAUCCCCUGUUGACACGUCCUCCGGGUGGUGGGCUGAUCAGCUCAACAAGUACGGCGCGACCUGUGGAAGACUGAGUCAGCCGGGUAACACUGAGUUCCUGCAUCAUGCUC